CAUGUCCGUUUUCCCUCCUUCCUCCUCUUCUGUUUCGUUUAUAUCGACGAAUACAAAUACAUCCAGUAUACUUUUUGAUCGAUCAGCCACUAUCAUUCAUUCUCUUCAAUUUCUUCUAGCUGGUCAGCGUGAGGUGGUAGAUUAGCCAUCUGGUCCAAGUGUCCAACUAUGAAAGACCGUUAUAAAGAGAAUCACAAAUGGCGAAUAUGGUUUAAAGAGUUGGAUGUUGAAGGUUUUGAUUUGACUUCUAGCAAAGAACUCUUAGACAGAUUAGCAAAGGAUACCGAUGAAGACUAUGCAUGGUUUCUUGUGUCCUUGUUUGAACAAAAAGAAAAGAUUCAAAAACGGAGUAAAGUCAUUCCACGCAAGAAUGAGAAUGAAAGCGAAAAGGAAGAGGAAAACAAUGAAAAAGAAGAUCCUCAGUAUGCCAUGUUUUUUGAGAAACUAGUUGAAGAUGGGAAAGCAUAUAAGCUUAAGACUUCUAAAGAUGACGAGUCUCCACGUUUUUUAGUAUAUGAAAAGCCUGAAGAAUCAAAUGAGUAUGAUCAUGACCUCCCAACUCGUGGGUGUAUCACCAUGGGUGAUGAUGAAGAUAAUGUGAAUUCCUCUGAAAAUCGGAGGGUAAAAAGGAGGGUAAGUAAUGAAACACGGGAUAUAUUGACUACUGAAGAAGUUUCUAGGGAAAAUAAGACCAGUGAGCAUAAUGCUAUAAUAGAAGUCCAGAAAGGUCUUACUGGGGGUUCUUGCUAUGAAUUGCUCCUGGAAAGUAACAUACCUUCUGAAUACGGUGCAUUUCAAUAUGCAGGAGAACCAUUGAAAUAUGAAGAGAAUGUUACAAGUUCAAGUUCUGAUUCAGACAUUGAGAUUUUGGAAAAUGUUAAAGAUUUUAAUGAAGUAAACAAUAAGGCAUUAGUACCUGCAAAAGAAAGUCUAAAACAGCAGCUCAUACGGAUUCUUGAGAAGCCAUAUAAGAAAAAAGAGCAUAAAAUGCUUUCGAAAUAUUUAAUGGAAGAGAAGCCCAUAUGUCGUCAUAUAGACUUGCGUGAGAGGCCAGUAUCAUCUGUCCUUAAGGGAAUGACAAAGUCGUUGUUUGAUGACAGCCCCAUUUCUUUUCAAGUAAUGUUCAGAAAGAACAAGAAUGAUAGCCUUAAAGCUAUUAAUCUCUUGCGGAUGUUUUGCUUCUGGUUAGUGCAUGUACCCAAUCAAGAUGUAUUUAGACCUUGGGACGAUGAUAAAAUUCUAAAAAUUCUACCAAGGCCUCGACCACCUCGUACCAGAUAGGAAGGAUGUUUUAAAUCGCCUGCUUUUGGAUGAUGACUUGUAACUUUUUGGCCAUACAAAAUGGCUCGUGAAAGUGCAAAUGCUAACGCUUGUUAAGACGUUGAUGGCAUUGUGAUGUCGUUUUUGGGUAGGGAGGUUCUGUUUUGUCUUCGGGUUGGUUUUUAGAUGGAAGUAAAUCGAUAGAUUUGCGAUGCAACAUUCUGCAGUUCAGAAAAGCUGCAUUUGUAUCCUAUUUCUUCCGGGAACUAGUUCUCUGACCCAGUCAACUGUACUAACCAGAGUUAGAAAAUGGUCAAGUCUGAUCACUACACCUGUAAUUUUUGGCUUUAUAAGACCCAAUUCAGGCAUCACAAACUUUGUUGUGUCCUUUCUUUUGACUGUAAUUCAAGAAACUGAUUCUGUGAAGAUCUUAAAUAUUUAUUCAUAUAUAUAUAAAGUACAGACCAUUUUAUGUUUCUA